ACAGACAACAGAUCAGUAGCAAUUAAGCACUUCGAGAAAGCGUUCCGGAUUCUAAAUACUCCGUGAAACUUGAUCUUCAAAAUGUUCUUAGUGACGUUCAUUUUGUUAGCAUGUUUAGUAAUAAGCCUCGUCGCGGCUUUUGUGUUAAUAUAUCUGCGUUGGCACUUCAAUUACUGGCGUAAACGCGGGGUUUGUGGUCCGCAACCGCAAUUGCUCGUCGGCACAUUCCCGAAGUCCAGCGUCGGGCGCUGCAAUCCGCUUGAGGAGCUACAUGAGAUUUAUCUUCGUUACAGGGUCUCACAGAGAUUUGUUGGCAUCUUUACCGCGCGCACACCCAAACUCUUUAUAUGCGAUCCGCAAUUGGCUUCGCAAAUUUUGACGCAGAAUUUUAAAAGUUUCCACGAUAACGAAUCUUCUCAAUGGACCAAUGCAAGCGUGGAACAACUGCGCCUCUGCAGUCCAUUCGUUUCCACAGGAGAGGACUGGAAAGCGCGACGUUCGGAAUUGGUUCCCGCAUUGACUAUUAAUAAGAUUCGCUCCUUUUACUCAGCAAUGCGUGACAGUGCACAGAAAGCCAGUGAGUUCCUCACAGCUGUGGGUGAGCAACCACAAGAUGCCAAAGAACUAGCCAACCGCUUCACCGCGCAGUUCAUGUCCAACUUCAUAUGGGGUAUCGAAGGCAACGCCUUCAAUGUGCCGUACAAAGCACAAAGUGCCACAUCGCUCUCACCCGUGCAUCGCAUGGCAAGAGAUAUUAUUUUGCAAUCGCUGCAGUGUGUACGUUAUUAUGGGCGCACCACUGCUUGGCCUUGGCUGCGCAAAAUCCGUCCGGUGCGUUUCUUUCCCGUCGCCGCGGAUCGUUUCUUUCAACAACUACUCACGGACGCCUUGAAUGCGCGCGCCCAGCAGAAGACAGCCGGGGGUGGCGGUGGGCGCGGCGAUGUGAUCGAUCACCUGCAGCAGCUCAUGGAUAAAAAAUCUUUAAAUGCCGUACAAAUUGCUGGACACACAACAACAGUUUUGAUUGAUGGCUAUGAAACGGGAGCGAUGCUGAUUGCGCACUGCCUGCUGUUGCUUGCGCGCAAUCCACGCGCUCAACGAAAGCUCAGAGAGGAACUGCUCGCUGCCGACGUCACUGACAGUUUUGACGCGCUAAAUGAACUGCCUUAUCUGGAACAGUGUCUACAAGAAACACUACGCCUGUUCCCACCUCUGCCGACGCUUUUUAAACUCUGCACUGAGCCAAUCAGUUUAAAAAAUUUCGACGAAUCAACGCUGACUUUGCAACCCGGUGACGCUGUCUAUAUUUCAACGUACUCUUUUCAUCGCGACGCUGAGUUUUUCGAAAACCCCAACGACUUUUGGCCUGAACGCUUUGCAGAGGAAUUGGGUGGUGUGCGUAAAUAUCGGGAAAUGGGUGUUUUUAUGCCGUUCGGAGACGGACCGCGUAUGUGCCCAGGCAUGAAGUUGGGCUUAUCUGAGGCCAAGGUUGCUGUUUCUGAGCUAAUACGUAACUUCCACGUGAGCGCCAGUGAAAAUACACGUACCGAUAACAAAAUCGGGAAGGACUCAUUUCUCCUAACCCUCGACGGAAAUAUCGAACUGGUGUUCCAACGUAGCGAAUGAUCAUUUGUAGUCAGUUCUUUGAAAGAGAAGUCCAAAUUCUCACUUAUAUCGAAUUAAAGUAGCAUUAAAAAUGAAUAAUAAAAAUCUCUUUUAUACGUCCAAA